AUGAAUGUAUGGAACAAAGUUUUUCUGGUUUUGGUGCUGGCGAAUCUUCUAGCCAUUGGAUACUAUUUAAAACAUAAAGACUUCCAGCUUGCAGUAGACCGAGGAUUAUCUACUUUAAAAAAAUCUCCAUUGAAUUACAUUUUCGAUCGUCCAAAGAAUCCACUGGAAUCUGUUCCCUUUGUGAUAAACAAUUUCCAAAAUAAAAGCAACCAAGAGCAUCAGAACAUCACAGAACUUGUCCGAAAGUCUCACCAAACGUCUCAGAGCAACACAACUGUGAAGUCUAACACAACCAAACCGGUGUAUCUGUGCAUUAACCUAGGCGCUGGCUUGGCAAAUCGACUGUACAUGUAUGCCUCAUCGUAUGGACUGGCAAGGGAUAAAGGGAUGAUUUUAGUGAUUCCAAGAGGCACGGAGACUUUGGACGCCACAUUUAAAGUGAAAAACACAUAUAAAAAGGACCCAAAACUUUGUCCAAAAACCAAACACAUUACCGAAUCAGCGUGUUGCAAAUUGGCGCCAAAUUUAUUGAAGUUACCAAGCAACGAAUCAGUAACAAUAAACGGGUAUUUACAAAGUUACAAAUAUUUCGAAAAAUACCGCAAAGAACUCAAACCAUUAUUGACAUUUCGCGACAUCGUUUUAAACGAAGCGAAAGCUAAAUUACAUAAACUGCUCUCAGAUAAAUACGUUGGUGAAACUAAAAACUCUUUAUACAAUCGCACACUGGUCGGCAUUCAUAUACGACGAGGCGACUACACACAACCACAAGCUAAAGCUUUCGGAUACCGAACGGCUACAAAGGAAUACAUCGUUAAAGCUGUGGAUUACAUGAAGCGGAAUUUUUCGAAUGUCACUUUCAUAGCUUGCUCAAACGAUGUGCAAUGGACGAAUAAAGUGUUUCUUGGUCACAAUGACGUAAUCGUCGCACAGAUUGGUUCGGCGACAAUUGAUCUUGCCCUGUUAACUUUGAUGAACCAUACGAUCAUUACGGUGGGAACUUACAGUUUUUGGGCUGCGUGGCUGAACCCUCAAAACGGAACCGUUCUCUAUUACAAAGACUUUUUUGAACCGGGAAGUCGGUUCUCUCGAGGUUUUGCGAGUCCUAAUACUGAUACGUAUUAUCCAUAUUGGAUCGGAUUAUAG